AUUCUAUUUAAAUAGCACACAGUGAGUAAGAAAUUAGAUUCCCCAUAGGACACUGCAGAAAGCCUGAAGCCUACUCUUCAAAGAAAAAAAACAUCAAAAGGAAAAUGAUGUUCAAGUUAUUAUUCACUCUGCUCCUACUGUUUUCUGAUGUCACUUUGUGGAAAACCAAAGCAGUAUCAAUGGUUACCAGCCUAAGUUCUAAGACAACCACAAAUCCCAACACAACUCCAAAGCUCCAAAUAUCUCUGAAUCCCAAGGCAACAAAGAAUACAGAAGUGACCUCAACGACAGCCACAACCAUGAAUACAGAAAGUGUAGUCACAACCAAGAAUAUGAAAAGUGCAGCCACAACCACGAGUACGAAAAGUGCAGCCACAACCAUGAGUAGUGCAGCCACAACCAUGAAUACAGAAAGUGUAGUCACAACCACGAGUACGAAAAGUGCAGCCACAACCAUGAAUAAAAAAAGUGCAGCCACAACCACGAGUAUGAAAAGUGCAGCCGCAACCAUGAGCACAAAAAGUGUAACGGCAACCAAGAAUACAAAAAAUGGUGGCACCAAAUUGAAUCCAAUGGACAGCACUCACGUUCUUUUCUAUGUCAUAUUUUUGUUGUUUUUUGUACACUUAGGCUGAAGUGGACCUGGACUGUCUGCAUUGUUAUCUCAGUUCAUUAUAUCUGCUGAAUGGCAACAAGCACAGUAGGAAAAUCAAAUUUAUUUCAACUUACUUCCGAGUAAAUCAUCACUAUCCUAGUUUAAUUUCGUUGUUAGCAAAUUUCAAUUGUGUAAGUUUAAUCAUUGCUUUAAUAUGAUGGCUUCCUUCUUUAUAAAUGCUAAAAAGAAGGCAAAAUACUCUGUUUGCCUUUUAAAUGUUUGCAAAACUGAGUUGCAACUUGGGGUUUUACAUUAAAGGUGUAAGAGAAGAAAUUAUGUUGGUGACAUUUAACCAAAGUAUGCUUCUGUGUGGGUGUGCAUGCGUGUGUGUGUGUGUGUGUGUGUGUGUGUGUGUGAAAACGACAGGGGAUUGUGGAUAGGGGUUGAGGAGCAGCAUGUGUUAUUCUGCAUUUAUUUUUUAUUAAAUAGACAAAAGGAUAAACUAUAGUGCUCUAUAAAACAAUACACCUGUCACCAUAUUCCAUAAAUGUGUAAUAGUAA